AUUAAGACAACAUAACCACUGCUGCAGACUUCAAUCUGGAGAGACUCAGACGGAGAAAAGACGAGGGGGUGGUGUUGGGUUGAGCUCGGCUGGAGAGCGAAGGACGCCAUGGAUGGAGGUCAUUAUCAACUGGGACUUGGACGGUGAUUGGACGUGACGUGGCUUGGUCCAGCGUUGAUUGGCCGACGUCUGUAGGCGGGUCGCUUCAAUUAGCAGAGGCAAAUCUGUGAAAAGACAACAUCAGAUACAACGUCUAACAGCAAAUAUGAAGUGGAAUCUGCUUCUGCUCAUUUGGAUGAGUCAAUGUUAUGCAAUGAUUUGUCAGCUCUAUCAGUAUCACUACAUUAAUGAGAAUAAAACCUGGACUGAAGCUCAGCAGUACUGCAGAGAGAAUCACGCUGACCUGGCCACAGUGACUAACAUGAAGGACAUGAAGAGACUCAUCAACAUCUCAGCUGGAGAUCAGAGUGAAGCUUGGAUUGGUCUGAAUGAUCAAACAAAUGGUAUCAGAACAUGGUUCUGGUCUCUACCUGGAGUGGAGUUCAAUGAAAGUGAGACAAACUGGAGCCCAGGAGAACCAAAUGAUUAUAGAGGGAUGCAGAACUGUGGAAUCCUAUGGAAUUACCUGAAGUGGGACGACAUAUCCUGUAAUGAAAAUCUUUAUUUUCUCUGCUAUAACGACAGUAAUUCGUCAAAGAAAUUCCACUUGAUUCGAGAAAAUAAAAACUGGACAGAAGCUCAGAGUUACUGCAGAGAGAAUCACACAGACCUGAUCAGUGGAACGAAGCAACUACAGGAUGAAGAAGUGAAGAAAGAAACCAGCUCUGUGGGAAGAUAUACAUAUAUUUUUACCGGUCUGUUCAGAGACACCUGGAGGUGGUCAGAUGGAAGCAGUUUCUCUUUCAGACACUGGAAUCUGAAGUUUGAUAAUCAGAGAAUCAACAGUGGUCAAUGUGCCAUGACUGUGUUUGAUGAUGGAGGCAGAUGGAAGAAUGAGAACUGCACUGAAAGAAAACCCUUCAUCUGUUAUGAUGAUAAAGUGAUCCUGAUCAAAGAAAAUAAAACCUGGAAGGACGCCUUGACCUACUGCAGAGAUCCCCACCAUUAUGAUGACCUGGUCACCAUCACCAACAUGGAUGAUCAGAGAUGGAUCCAGGAGAAAACCAAGAAUGCAUCGACUCCUUUUGUCUGGUUGGGUCUGCGCUUCAACUGCACUCUUAAUUUCUGGUUCUGGGUCUGUAAGGAGAUGAUCAGCUAUCAGAACUCGACCUCAGCAGGAUGGAUGAACAACUGUAACACGUCUGGAGCCAUGCAGGCUGGAGGAGAACAUAGAUGGUUCCAAAGAAACGACACAGAGGAACUGAACUUCAUUUGCUCUAAGGUUUAAAGCUCUACAUCGUAGCAUUAGGGCCACAGCAGACCAAAGGAACGAUGAGGGCAAAGACGAGAUAAUGUUGAUUAGAUGCAGACUGUCUCUUAAAAAUGUAUCAACAGAAAGUCCUUUAUUAGUUGGUCCAAAACUCCUGGCUGUAACAGAGGAGCUCACGUCUCUCCUGUUGUAUUGUAUUUGCACUGAUUACCUGUUUAUGGUAUAAUUUGACUUUAACUUCACCUCUUAUAAAAAUAAAUAGUUAAAGUUUCUACUCGUAAUCUACUUGUAGUCCCAAGGACUGGGUAUAAAACUCAAGCUUUCUUUGUUUGGACAUUGUCUGAAGAGUCUGGACUCGUUUAAAAUGCUGUGGAGGACAUUCUUGUUCAAAUGUACUUUUCCUUGAGACCCACUGACGUAAUAUUAGUAUUAUAUAUCGAAGUAGUUGUGUCAACGUAGUUUUGCUCUCUGAAGAGGCGAAUCUGAUGUUCAACCUUAUGAGACAACAAAGACAGCGUAAAUUCUAGCAUCCAAGUAGACCGGGGGAAGUUGGAGGUUUGGGGUUGUGGAGGGCAACCAGUGACGACAACAACAUCAUACAAAUGUAAAUUUUAUGGCCCUGGUGUGUGUGUGUGUGUGUGUGUGUGUGCAAAUCAGUUAAGGUGAUGAGUAGGGUAAAACUGGAAAGACACUUAGCCCUCAGGAGUAACACAGGGCAGGCAGCGCUGACCACUGACUUUCGCACGAUAGAGAGGGGUGCCUGAGGCAAAGCACCGCAGGCUCCCCUUCCAAUCCAGACUAAGCCUGGAGUCAGGUCAGCCCGGCGGCUGGGAUCCUGUACAACCACCCUUUCACCAAGUGGAGCUUAUCUACACGCCAGUUCAUGAGUGAUGUCAUGACCAAUGUAUGCAAUCUUGAAUUUUAAUUUGGACAAAAGAGGAUAAAUGAAGUUUAGUAUGAAGUGAUUCACUCAAAUCAACUGUUACAAUUCAAGCAUGUAGCUAACUGUGAAACUAGGAUUGGAAAUGGCUGCACAAAGGUCAUGUCUAAUCCCCCCGAGUGUCACCCGCAAGCCUCAGUUUUACUUUGAUUAAUCUUUUUUGAAAAUAUAGUAAAAUUGUUUCUAGUCGUUAAGAGUAUAACGGAUUUUAUCAAAGUGCGCAAUGUUUUCUCUCUCUCUGUUUUUAGGAACAAACACAUAAAAACUAUGCAAUAUUUAGUUCGAUCACCAACCAGGUUUUUGUUCUAUGUUGAACGCUAAUUUAUUAUUAAACAAACUGAGGUAAUUUAUUUAACUCAGAAAGACAGAUGUUACAGGAAAUAGAAACUUUGCAACUCCGUCUGUAACGUAAAAACCCUUAACCUUAUUUUUUUCCACAUACUGAAUUAAAGCAACAUUUAUUUGUGA